AUGGAGGACGAGCUAAUUGCCCAGCGCGAUGCAGCCAUUGCCGUGACAAAAGAGCUGCAGCGACAGUUACAGACCCACCGAGAAGAUAUGGAGAGAAAAUUUGAGCGUCGUACGCUAAAUGCAGAACGACUUCGUCUUCAUGCAGAGGAGAAAUUACGGCGCGCUGUGGAGGACCGCGACUGGAGCGAGAGUUGCUAUCAUCGACUACUGGCUCUGGCACUUUUUAUGGGCUGUGGUGGUGCUGUUAUUGGCUGGGCUGUAGGUCUAUUAGUGUUGUUGAUGGUUGGCGAGCCGCUCGUGGGGUUUCUGUUGGUGCUUCCUGGGAUGGCGUUGGGAACUUUGACGGGACUCGCGGUGGCCAAGACGAAGAUUCAGUUGGAAAACAGACGGCGAGACGCCAAAUACAGAGAAGAUAAACGCCACUCAGAUGUGGAAAUGGCUGUCAGCAGUGGAGUGGGAGAUCAGGAAUUACCGUUGGAGCCGCUCGAGGGCGUUCCUGGUAUGCAGGACGUUGCAGAGAAGAACUUGAGACAGGCUGAACGAGAAAGGAAGGAAGCUGUAGGAGAGAACGAGGUGGCACCUGGAUCUAGAUCACUGCUUGGCAUGGGCUGGAACGCGACGUGGCUUAUGCUGCGGACAUUAAAGGACAUUGGUGUGGGACUGUACUAUGGAAGAGAGGAGGAAGGGAUGUUGCACUCGCUUGAAGAUAAGAAUAAGAGGGAGUAA